UUUGACUCGAAUAUGAUUUCUUAUUGGUAACCUUGCGGCUUUCAGACCGCACCGAGUCCCACUACGGGCUCGAUGAAGUGGAGGAACGCAAGGUUUUAAAAAGACGGAAAUUGUAAAAAACCACCAGUCGCUGCACCGUGUACAUAAUAUAGGGUAGUGUGUUACAGACCGACAGACGUGCGCGAGUCACUUCGAAAGUGACUUUGAUUAUGUUCAAGAUGAAUGGUGGAUUAAAGAUAUUCUUGGUACUGACUGUUUUUUCUGUUGUUAACGAGGCUGUGAGAGUCGGAAGCAAAGUAAAACACGAUGAUCAAUUAACAUCUUCUAGUUUCUGGACCAGCGAUUUUACUUCGCCCGAUCACCAGGAUUAUUUCACCACAGCUCAAAGCCUUGCGCAAACGCAUCCCGUAAAAGGAGGCGGGCCCACGAAACUUAACAGUCACACUUUUUCGAAACAUUUAAAUUACAGAUUAUCCCCUACGGAAGAACUCAGAAAAAAUCCUUCGCUAUCAUCACCAGAUGAAUGUGCUAGGGCUUGCAGAGAAGGAGAACCUCCAAAAAUUUGUUAUUAUCAUUUCACGCUAGAGUUAUACACAGUCCUCGGAGCAGCUUGUCAAGUAUGUACCCCGAAUGCGACCAACACAGUUUGGUCGAAUUGUCAAUGCGUUCUCGCCGAUGGUGUCGAAAGAGGCAUCCUCACAGUGAACCGUAUGUUACCCGGACCGAGCAUACAAGUUUGCGAAGGAGACAAAGUGGUAAUUGACGUCGAAAACCACAUGGAAGGCAUGGAAGUCACCAUACAUUGGCACGGGAUCUUCCAAAGGGGUAGUCAAUAUUACGACGGUGUACCUUUUGUAACACAAUGUCCUAUACAGCAGGGAAAUACGUUUAGAUAUCAGUGGAUUGCAGGAAAUGCCGGAACGCAUUUCUGGCAUGCCCAUACAGGUUUACAGAAAAUGGACGGUCUGUACGGGAGUAUCGUUGUCCGACAACCUCCUUCCAAAGAUCCUAACAGUUACCUUUACGAUUAUGAUCUCACCACACACGUGAUGCUUUUGAGUGAUUGGAUGCAUGAAGACGCUGCCGAAAGAUACCCAGGAAGAUUGGCUGUAAACACAGGACAAGACCCCGAAAGUGUUUUGAUAAACGGAAAAGGACAAUUCAGAGAUCCCAAUACGGGUUUCAUGACGAAUACACCCUUAGAAGUAUUCACCAUGACGCCGGGGAAAAAAUACAGAUUCAGAAUGAUAAAUUCCUUCGCUUCUGUAUGUCCGGCGCAAUUGACUAUUCAAGGUCACGAUUUGACCUUGAUCGCCACUGACGGGGAACCAGUUCAACCUGUCCAAGUUAACACGAUCAUUUCAUUUUCCGGUGAAAGGUACGAUUUCGUUAUUACCGCUAAUCAGAAUCCGACAGCUUAUUGGAUUCAAUUGAGGGGUUUAGGAGAAUGUGGUAUCCGUAGGGUGCAACAAUUAGGUAUAUUGAGAUACGCUAGGGGUCCUUAUCAACCAACAAGCGCACCACCUACUUACGAUUUCGGGUUACCUCAAGGAGUGGUACUUAAUCCAUUGGACGCUAGAUGUAAUAUAGUAAGAAAGGACGCCAUCUGUGUUAGUCAAUUGAAAAACGCGAGGGAAAUAGACGCCGGACUCCUUCAACCUCGACCGGACGUUAAGAUUUUCUUGCCGUUCAGAUUCCACGUGUACACCCCGGAAGAAUUAUUCCAACCCAAUACUUAUAACAGACAUUUAGUUGCGCCGAACGGAGACCACGUGAUAAGUUUGAUCGAUGAAAUAUCGUAUAUGGCGCCUCCGGCCCCUCUAAUUUCCCAGUACGACCAAAUCGAUCCCGAACAAUUCUGUAACGGUGAUAACAGACCACCGGAUUGCGGUCAGAACUGCAUGUGCACCCAUAAGGUCGAUAUACCCUUAAACGCAGUCGUCGAGGUCGUUCUAGUGGACGAAGUGCAACAACCGAAUUUGAGUCACCCUUUCCAUCUUCACGGUCAUUCCUUCAACGUGAUCGGUAUCGGUAGAUCCCCGGAUCAACAAGUGAAAAAAAUCAAUUUGAAACACGCUCUGGAUCUGGAUAGACAAGGUCUUCUACAUAGACAAUUCAAUUUGCCACCGGGAAAAGAUACGAUCGCCGUACCUAAUAACGGAUACGUCGUUUUGAGAUUUAGGGCUGAUAAUCCGGGUUUUUGGUUAUUCCAUUGUCACUUUUUAUUCCAUAUAGUGAUCGGAAUGAAUUUGGUAUUCCAGAUCGGUACCCAGGCGGAUCUUCCACCUGUUCCGCCGAAUUUCCCCACUUGCGGGGACCAUAAACCCCCCAUAGAUACCAAAAUCGAUAAUAGUUACUAUGAUGGGUAUAAUUGAUUCGACAGGAUAUAGAUCGGGGUUGAAGUCUUUCGGGAAAGUGGUAAAAAUAUAUUAGGAGGAUGAAAUUUAUUGGUAGAGGAAUAGAAUAUGUGAAAAACAAUGAAAAAUAACGAUUUAUGGGUGAUUUGGAGUCGUGGAAUGGAAAGGGUAGCGGUUUUAAGGGUGCGAAACGGUUUAUUUUGAUGAUUUCCGGGAAAACUAUAAGUUUUACGAAAAAAAGUUGUCAGUGAAAGUCUUAGGCAAUAAAAAGAUCUACAACUUUUGUAUCUACACUUUUUUCAUAUAACCUCAAAAUUUAUCAGAAAAAUUGAAAAAAAAAGAAACUAAAAAUUUUGUUUUUUUUUUGAAUUUUUCUGAUCAAUUUUGAGGUUAUGUGAAAAAAGUGUAGAUACAAAAGUUGUAGGCAGUAAAAAGAUCUACAACUUUUGUAUCUACACUUUUUUCACAUAACCUCAAAAUUUAUCAGAAAAAUUGAAAAAAAAAAGAAACUAAAAAUUUUGGUUUUUUUUUUUGAAUUUUUCUGAUCAAUUUUGAGGUUAUGUGAAAAAAGUGUAGAUACAAAAGUUGUAGGCAGUAAAAAGAUCUACAACUUUUAUAUCUACACUUUUUUCACAUAACCUCAAAAUUUAAGAGAAAAUGUCAAAAAAACAGAAUUUUUAGUUUUUUUAUUUUUAUUUCACAAAAAACUAUUUAUUAAUCGUGAAAUUUUGUGAAAAGUCAUCCCUUUAUGUCACAAACAUAUCAUAUUUUUUUUAUUCAAAUUAAUAAUCUUUUUAUUUCGAAUAAAAAAAAAACUCAAACUUUGAAUUUCAAUUUUUCUCUUAAAUUUUGAGGUUAUAUGAAAAAAGUGUGAAUACUAAAGUUGUAGAUCUUUUUACUGCCUACAACUUUUGUAUUCACACUUUUUUCAUAUACCCUCAAAAUUUAAGAGAAAAAUUCAAAAAAACAAGUUUUUAUUUCUUUAAUUUUUAUCAAAUAGUGAAAAUAAGGUGAAAAGAUAAUUAAUUCAAAUAAAAAGAAUUACAAUCUAUUUGUGACAUAAAAGAUAAGUUUUGACACAAUUCCAAGGUUAAGAAAUAUUUUUUUGUAAAAUAAAAAUAAAAAACUAAAAAUUCUGUUUUUUCCAAUUUUUCUCUUAAAUUUUGAGGUUAUAUGAAAAAAAUGUGAGUACAAAAGUUGUAGAUCUCCCUAUUACCAACAACUUUUCUCUAUAACAUUUUCCCAUAAAACUCAUGGUUUUCUCUUAAAUCGAAAUAAACCCUUAAAACCUCACCCCCUUAUAAUUUUCAUCAAAUUACUUCAAUUAUUUCAAUUUUGUCUCAUUAUUUCCUUUUCCCAAUAAAUUUCAACUUAAUAAUAUUUUUUUUAUUUCAAAAUUUAUCAACCCCGGUCUAAUAAGGGUCUAUUGUUGUUUUGGUAUGUUUUAUUUGUAAUUUGAUGGUGAAUGAGUAGAAAACAUAAAACAAGAAAAUAAUUUUCAAAACUCAAAAAUUGAAAUAAAUAAAAAUCAGGUUAUAUAAUUUUUUUUAAAUCCCAAUAUUUUUUUAUUAUUAAUUUUUUUGUUUUCUACUUAUUUGAUUUAAAACGAGCUACAGAAAAUUAUAACUCGAGUUACCUUUUUUGUUUGUUUUUAUUUAUUAAUUAAAAAUUUUAAGUUUCGAUCUUGCCAUCGUUUAAAAAAUGUUAUUAUACAAUGUGUCCCACUAUAAUUAUUUUAUUUGGAAAAAAAUAAUUUAUCGUCAAUUUCAACGGGAAAAAAUCAAAAUUAUCAGGAAUUGAAUUUCCAUUAAUUUAUAUUAAAAAAAAUAUACACAUUUCGUAUUAAUAAAUAUUUUUUCCUAUUAACCCUUUUUAGGUGACAUUUUAUUUUUGGUAGAAAUUUGGAAAGAGUUUUCGCACUGUAUCUCGUAAACUAACAACCUCACAGAAAAUUUCAUACGACAUUAUUUGUAGUAAAUCAAAUUUUCUACAACUUUCUUUCCAUUAUUUUUUUGUCUAAAAUGUAAAAUAAAAAAGUUAUAAGCAAAAAUAAAACUUGUUUCUACUUAGCCAUUUAAAAAGAGUGAUGCAAAGAGUUUUCGCACUGUAUCUCGUAAACUAACAACCUCACAGAAAAUUUCAUACGGCAUUAUUUGUAGUAAAUCAAAUUUUCUACAACUUUCUUUCCAAUACUUUUUGGUUCAAAAUGUAAAAUAAAAAAGUUAUAAGCAAAAAUAAAACUUGUUUCUACUUAGUCAUUUAAAAAGUGAUGCAAAAAGUUUUCGCACUGUAUCUCGUAAACUAACAACCUCACAGAAAAUUUCAUACGAUAUUAUUUGUAGUAAAUCAAAUUUUCUACAACUUUCUUUCCAAUACUUUUUGGUUCAAAAUGUAAAAUAAAAAAGUUAUAAGCAAAAAUAAAACUUGUUUCUACUUAGUCAUUUAAAAAGAGUGAUGCAAAAAGUUUUCGCACUGUAUCUCGUAAACUAACAACCUCACAGAAAAUUUCAUACGAUAUUAUUUGUAGUAAAUCAAAUUUUCUACAACUUUCUUUCCAUUAUUUUUUUGUCUAAAAUGUAAAAUAAAAAAGUUAAAAGCAAAAAUAAAACUUGUUUCUACUUAGUCAUUUAAAAAGAGUGAUGCAAAAAGUUUUCGCACUGUAUCUCGUAAACUAACAACCUCACAGAAAAUUUCAUACGACAUUAUUUGUAGUAAAUCAAAUUUUCUACAACUUUCUUUCCAAUACUUUUUGGUUCAAAAUGUAAAAUAAAAAAGUUAUAAGCAAAAAUAAAACUUGUUUCUACUUAGUCAUUUAAAAAGUGAUGCAAAAAGUUUUCGCACUGUAUCUCGUAAACUAACAACCUCACAGAAAAUUUCAUACGAUAUUAUUUGUAGUAAAUCAAAUUUUCUACAACUUUCUUUCCAAUACUUUUUGGUUCAAAAUGUAAAAUAAAAAAGUUAUAAGCAAAAAUAAAACUUGUUUCUACUUAGUCAUUUAAAAAGAGUGAUGCAAAAAGUUUUCGCACUGUAUCUCGUAAACUAACAACCUCACAGAAAAUUUCAUACGAUAUUAUUUGUAGUAAAUCAAAUUUUCUACAACUUUCUUUCCAUUAUUUUUUUGUCUAAAAUGUAAAAUAAAAAAGUUAAAAGCAAAAAUAAAACUUGUUUCUACUUAGUCAUUUAAAAAGAGUGAUGCAAAAAGUUUUCGCACUGUAUCUCGUAAACUAACAACCUCACAGAAAAUUUCAUACGACAUUAUUUGUAGUAAAUCAAAUUUUCUACAACUUUCUUUCCAUUAUUUUUUUGUCUAAAAUGUAAAAUAAAAAAGUUAAAAGCAAAAAUAAAACUUGUUUCUACUUAGUCAUUUAAAAAGAGUGAUGCAAAAAGUUUUCGCACUGUAUCUCGUAAACUAACAACCUCACAGAAAAUUUCAUACGACAUUAUUUGUAGUAAAUCAAAUUUUCUACAACUUUCUUUCCAUUAUUUUUUUGUCUAAAAUGUAAAAUAAAAAAGUUAUAAGCAAAAAUAAAACUUGUUUCUACUUAGUCAUUUAAAAAGAGUGAUGCAAAAAGUUUUCGCACUGUAUCUCGUAAACUAACAACCUCACAGAAAAUUUCAUAAGACAUUAUUUGUAGUAAAUCAAAUUUUCUACAACUUUCUUUCCAUUAUUUUUUUGUCUAAAAUGUAAAAUAAAAAAGUUAUAAGCAAUAAUAAAACUUGUUUCUACUUAGCCAUUUAAAAAGAGUGAUGCAAAGAGUUUUCGCACUGUAUCUCGUAAACUAACAACCUCACAGAAAAUUUCAUACGAUAUUAUUUGUAGUAAAUCAAAUUUUCUACAACUUUCUUUCCAUUAUUUUUUUGUCUAAAAUGUAAAAUAAAAAAGUUAUAAGCAAAAAUAAAACUUGUUUCUACUUAGUCAUUUAAAAAGAGUGAUGCAAAAAGUUUUCGCACUGUAUCUCGUAAACUAACAACCUCACAGAAAAUUUCAUAAGACAUUAUUUGUAGUAAAUCAAAUUUUCUACAACUUUCUUUCCAUUAUUUUUUUGUCUAAAAUGUAAAAUAAAAAAGUUAUAAGCAAUAAUAAAACUUGUUUCUACUUAGCCAUUUAAAAAGAGUGAUGCAAAGAGUUUUCGCACUGUAUCUCGUAAACUAACAACCUCACAGAAAAUUUCAUACGACAUUAUUUGUAGUAAAUCAAAUUUUCUAUAACUUUCUUUCUAUUAUUUUUUUGUCUAAAAUGUAAAAUAAAAAAGUUAUAAGCAAAAAUAAAACUUGUUUCUACUUAGUCAUUUAAAAAGAGUGAUGCAAAAAGUUUUCGCACUGUAUCUCGUAAACUAACAACCUCACAGAAAAUUUCAUACGACAUUAUUUGUAGUAAAUCAAAUUUUCUAUAACUUUCUUUCUAUUAUUUUUUUGUCUAAAAUGUAAAAUAAAAAAGUUAUAAGCAAUAAUAACUGAACAAUAUUUAAAUAAUUCUUUUGAGCGAUAUAACAUUUUUUUUCAGACUAUUGUUGUUUAUAACUUUUUUAUUUUAGAUUUUACGGGAAAAAGUAUUAGAAACAAAGUUGUAGAUAAUUAAAUUUACUAAAAAUAAUGAUGUAUAAAAUUUUCUGUAGGAUUGUUAGUUUACGAGAUACAGCGCGCGUAAACACUUCCUUGCGUUUUUCACGUUUUUAUAUUGAAGUUUGAUUAAAAUAAAAUUAAAAAUGACUUUCUCCAAGGAAAUUGAUAAUAAAAAAUUCCAAUUAGUGGGACGUACUGUAUAUAAUUUAUGUAUUUAUCACUGUGGCGCCAUAUAUAAGCUUAAUAUAUAGUUAUAUAUCCCUUAUAAAUAUAGUAUUACCCCUAAAUUUUUAUUCGGUGCUAUAUAAAUCGAAAAUUAUUUUAAAAAAACUAAAAUAUAUCCAAAAAAAAAUUUGCGUCAUCAUUUUCAUUUCUUUCAUUUUUUGAUUCUACGGUUCUCCAAUGUUCUCCAAAUUUCAUCUCUCCACGUUCCAUUUCCAUUCCCCAUAACUUGCAGAUUCCCUCCAUUGGACUACAGCCUUUCUGUGGUUCCAAAACUUUCAAUAUUUCCAAAUUUCGUUCCUCCAUUCUCUAUUUCAAUUUUCCAUAACUUGCAGCUCCUCUCCAUUGUCCUGGAACCUUUCUAUGGUUUCCCAAUUUUCUAUAUUUCCAAAUUUUGUCUCUCUACGUUUUAUUUCCAUUCUCCUCAACCUGCAGAUCCUUACCAUACGACUCCAAAAAAUGGUAACAAAAAUUUUUUUUUUUUAACUUCCGCUUUAUAUAUUAAAAUCACAUUCUAGAUAUUUCUGAUUCUGGUAAUUUCUAAAUUAACGUAAAUGUAUGAAAACAGACGCUUUACUUAAUUUUUAGUUUCUAUGAUGACAUAUUGGAACAGGACCGACUUCACGGUCUAUAUCAGUGGACGAGUUCGUAUGUUAUGUUUUUAAUUGUUUUUUUUUGGAUAUAAUAGUUUGGAAUUUUGCAAUAACAGUAUUAUUUAAUUUUGCUCAAGCUUUUUUGAACAAUAUACCACUUUUUCGAACCAAAAUAAAACGUUUACCAUUUUUACAUCGAAUUUAUACUAUUUUUUCUAAAAUUUCGGUACCUAUUAUAAAAAUAGAAAUGAUUAAUGAUUUCUAAAUAUAUAUUUGUUAUUGAACCGUGAAACUACAUCGUAAAAUCGAUUAAAAUAGUACAGUGAAUUGGUAUAUGAUUCGGUAUCGAUACAGAAAAAAUAGAAAAUAGUGCCUAAGAAUUGCCACAGUAUUGUUAUAUAAGUUUAAUUUUUUAGUUUUAUUUUGUUAUGUUUUAGGAAAUUACAUCGUUUUCAGAAUUUUAUCCUAUCAACUUCAUCCUCUAGUCCGUCCAGUCUCAAUUCAAAUAAAUACUAUUUGUAAUAUUUUGUAUGGUUUUAAAACAACUUGUAUAAAUAUAUUAAUAAAUAUCCGUAAUGUAUAUAAA